GAGAGAGAGAGAGAGAGAGAGAGAGAGAGAUCUAGUUGAGUGAGUGUGUGUGUUUUAAUUCAAACCUGUUUCAGAUUCAUACAACAGCACAGUUUUAUCCAGCCAGCAAGGAAGGACAGGAGGAGAGUGGAGAGAUGUGGAAGAAGGAAAGAAGCUAAGAAGCUGGACCACAGAUAGUGAGGUAGCUCACUGGAGCAGGAAUUAAAAAAAACAACACACAUAUCUGAGUCUCUGGACUUGUCCGUGGUUAUGGAUUGAUUUAAGACCGCAGGAAGUUGUUUCAGGGUUGAUAUAAAAAAUAAAAAAAUCUCUUCAAGCUGACUGCAGAAGGAUGCUGAACAUAAAGAAACAAUAAGAGGGUGUCUGAUGUCAUCCAUUCUACUCCAGUGUCUAUUCUUGUUAGAAUUCUUUCACAUACUGCUUUUGGAGCAGUUUGUCUGAGAAAACAUUUAGCAUACAACUACUACUGGUAGUACUGUUUUGCAGUGGAAGGCACUCCAGUCCUAAUACUGCGCAGCGGUAGAUACUGUGGCACUGUGCUUCGGCGCAUUACUGUUGCGCUUGUAGCCAGCUUCCCCUGCUUCUCAAGGAAGGAUGCAGGUGUCCUUUGUAUGCUCGGACCACGGCUUAAAAAACCGGAGCACGGAGGACCGGCUGAGCCGACAGAACGCCAGCAGCCCGAGCAUGGGUACGAGGAGCAAGUUCCGGGCCGUGGCCAUGGUGGCACGGAGCCUGGGCCACCUCACCGUGCAGAACGUGCCCUCCUCCAGUGACUGCAGCAUGAAGACCCCAGGCAUGCAGUAUAGAAACCUCGGAAAAUCUGGAUUGAAGGUGUCCUGCCUUGGACUAGGAACAUGGGUGACCUUCGGAGGUCAGAUUACUGAUGAGAUGGCAGAGCAGCUGAUAACGCUGGCCUACGAGAACGGGAUCAAUCUGUUCGAUACGGCGGAAGUCUACGCUGCGGGCAAAGCAGAAGUUGUACUUGGGAAUAUAAUAAAGAAAAAAGGAUGGAGGCGCUCCAGCUUGGUCAUCACAACCAAAAUAUUCUGGGGUGGAAAAGCAGAGACAGAAAGGGGGCUCUCGAGAAAACAUAUCAUAGAAGGGCUAAAGGCUUCUCUGGAGCGACUGCAGCUGGAAUAUGUGGACGUGGUCUUUGCGAACAGACCUGACCCCAACACGCCCAUGGAAGGGGACCCAUUUAGCACUCCAAAGUCAAGAACGUUCAUCGUAGAAGAAACGGUCCGAGCCAUGACACACGUCAUAAACCAGGGGAUGGCCAUGUACUGGGGCACUUCCCGCUGGAGUUCCAUGGAGAUUAUGGAGGCGUACUCCGUUGCCCGGCAGUUCAACCAGAUCCCUCCGAUCUGCGAGCAGGCGGAGUACCACAUGUUCCAGAGGGAGAAGGUGGAGGUGCAGCUUCCGGAGCUCUUCCAUAAGAUAGGUGUGGGCGCUAUGACGUGGUCUCCGCUGGCCUGUGGGAUCAUAUCAGGGAAAUACGACAGCGGGGUCCCCCCUUAUUCUAGAGCUUCACUCAAGGGGUACCAGUGGUUGAAAGACAAGAUCCUGAGCGAGGAAGGUCGACGUCAGCAGGCGAAGUUGAAAGAGCUGCAGGCAAUCGCAGAGAGGCUGGGCUGCACGCUCCCGCAGCUGGCUAUCGCGUGGUGUCUACGGAACGAAGGCGUUAGUUCAGUCCUGCUGGGGGCUUCCAAUACAGAGCAGCUGAUGGAGAACAUCGGAGCAAUACAGGUUCUUCCGAAGUUAUCUUCUUCCAUUGUGCAUGAAGUGGAUAGCAUUCUGGGCAACAAGCCGUACAGCAAAAAGGACUACCGGUCUUAAUGUGCUGCGGAGCAGAACGGAGCUCCCCCCGCUGGACUAAAACUGUUCUUCUUCUCUAACCUUUGCCUGUUCCUCUUAUUGCUUGAGCAUUUACCGAAUCGGAAACUGAAGUGUGGAAUCGGCAAAUAAAAUAAAAUGCACUGGAGAGAAUCAUUUAAAAAAGGAUCACAAUGGAAUGCAAAGGGGGGUGAGGGGGGGGGGGGGGGUAUGCGCUCUUAGAAAUAUUAUUUACAAGAAGAAAAAGAAAAGCACACGUGCGCUCGCUUGGCAGGCUAUGAAUUCCGUUUACUUUUUUUGAUUCUCAUUUUUUUUAAUGAAUCUACAUAGAAAUGACAACACAAGGACAAUUAAGACAAGUUUACCUUGACUUGUAAAAUGAUGUUUCAGCUUUACACAUGCUUCCUUCAUUUUAAAUCAAACCCCAAAUCCUUUUUUUCAAUAUGAAUGAAUAAAUAAAACACGUAAAUGAUAGAACUGAGUCUGUAUAUAACAGACGUGGGUGACUUUUCCUCAUUCUGGGGGAUCAGUUGCCCCACAAUUGAAACAUUUCAGCGGCAGUGUGAUCUGCAGUGUUGUUUUGGGACUCAUUGCUAGUCUCAAAGUAACUCCACCUUUAAGACUUAACGGUGCAGCAUCUCCGUUUCCAAGAUUUCACUCGUGUGUGUUCAAUUCCUCUGUCCUCCAGACUCCCUCGCAGUGACGCUCGUUUCUUGGGAAGGGUAGGGCGUUCCGUUUUCAUUACCGCUCCCAAGAUCAACGCUGCAAACCUGUCUCUCUGUCAUGUGGCUGAAGCCAAAGAUUUUCAACAGCUUUCAGUAGGACUGAUGUUUUACCCCAAUACUGAAAGAAAAAAAAAAGUCAUUUUCCAGCCCGAUCCUUAAACCUGCAUAAUCUGUAACCCUCACAAACGUAUGUUCUGCACAGUGUCACUUAUCAAUAGAAAAGUCUAGGCUGUUAUACCACUGUAAGCACUUUUGCGUUGAUCCGCCUUAAAUCAAGCAGUAAUACUGCAUGCGAUCUGAUCAAACCCCUGUCCAAACUCAAUCAGACAUUCCUCCAGCAGACUCAUGGGUGAUGGCCUUUUUUGUCGUCCCCCCUCAUUCCUCGUCCUGUUAAUGAUAUGCAUCGCUGAUAAAAGUUUUAGCAGGGACUGAACAGACGGAUUCAAUCAGUCAUAUACAGUAGCGUGCUGCUAGUGAACCUGCAGAUUUCAGAUUUUCACAUUCGCUCAUCCCAAGGAUUGCUCUGAAAUAGUUUGCUUACAAGGGGCUCGGUUUGUAUUUAAUUGCAACUCCAGUGAAAGCCUGUUUUAAUAUAUAUAUUAUUGAAAUGGUCUUGCCCCAGCGUUACUCUGAAUCUAACAGAGCCUCAGCGUUCAGUGGCUAUGGCAUUUCCAACAGGUUAUCAUCCUGCGUUUAUUUUCCAUGCUGUGAAAGGUGUUCUGGAUUGAACUGCGGCACAAGGUGGCAGCACUUUAGACUGUAAUGUUUAAAAAAAAAAAAAUGCAUGUAGGACAAUGCAGAGCCGGUCUACUGUAUACUUUGAGUGGAAUCCAAAGGAUAAAAAAAUGAAUUUAAAAAAAGCCAUCUCUGGCACAACCAUAUGGACAGUAGGAGUUACUGCAUUAAAAAAAAAUAUAUUUCUACAGUGGAUGUGCGAUUUUCUUGUUGUAAAUAGAAUUUGAGAUAUGUAGUUACCCAAUUAUUAAUAAUAAUAAUAAUAAUAAUAAUAAUAAUAAUAAUAAAGGAAUGUGAAGCAUGGUAUCAUAUGAAGCUCAAAAGCGUUUUUAAACACAACAGAAACAUGUGCUUAAUUUGCUGAACUACGCUUGAGUAUUGUAACUAUAGUAACCAGGGUCUGUGUAUGUAUGUCGAUCCUGCACAUGGUAAUGAACAAUGACUAUUAUAAUCACUUUUAUUAGAGAUUGAUUAUUCUUUAUGCCUGUCAAGACUAGAAACUCUGUGUACAGUAUUUUCUCUCUGGUAUACCGAACCGCAAAAGAGAAAUCUGAGUUUGAAGUGAUGAAAUCACAAAAAGAAGUUAGCACUUAUAUACAGUAUGCAAUUAUCUAUCUAUCUAUCUAUCUAUAUAUAUAUAUAUAUAUAUAUAUAUAUAUAUAUAUAUAUAUAGUGCUUUAUAGUGGCCACACCUUGAAACUGUUGUACUGUACUGUUGAGACAGCUGAGUCAAUUGGAGCUGAAAUGUAAAACAAAUGACAUCAUUAUUUAUUUAAUUAGAAGUCCUUGCAGCUCAAAUGAGCGUUGAAUGAUGGCCAGGAUGGCUGUGCACUGUUACGUGUAAGCUGCUACAGCAUGGUACUGAAGCAGGGUGUAUGUUUUGGUGCUGUCACACAGCAGCCCAUGCACCACUCCAUAGUUUAGAUAGCGGAGUCUGUCCUGCCAUGUACAGUAUUAGGGUUACUAGAGCACCCCUCUCAAACCAAAGACCACUGCAGUUCCUUUUCAUUAUGGAAAGCCCCGCAGCAUGCCAGCACAGACGUGUCCUAAACAGCUUUCCCCUGACGCCCCCAGAGCAAGCAACGCUGCAAACCGGGACUGCUUUUGUUGUGUACAGAAAAGCUUGAAGACAAGUCCGUGAAAUAAUACAACGUUUCACAACCCCGUACAACACUGCAGUGCACCACAGCAAAUCCCACAGACCCCAGAGAAUAUAACCUGCCUUGCGGUUCUGUCAAACCAUCCCAAUGCCUUUCUAGUGAGUCUCCAGAUCUGCAUCCACCAGCAGUGUUUGAAUACAGGGCAGGCAUGCAGGCAGUGUGUUGCCACAGUGCUUGGUGAAACAAAUAUUCAGGUUCAUGUUUUCUCCAAUCUGUAAAACGCACUGGGUGCUGGCAUGAAACUGCAGUUCUGGAUUUGGGAGCUGUACACUAAUAAUGGGCGGCCAGCUACAGCAGUAGUGUCUAGAUAUAAGGGACAGCACAGCAGGCAACACUGCUCCCAGUAAAGCGGUGCUCUCGCAGUUAAAAACGGUUUUAUUAACUACAAUGGCUGCAUCACGUGAUGUUAUGCUACAAAUUUAAAACACCUGUACUGUGCUUCUGAAGAGCAGGUUGUGAUAUCGUUCUGAGGAAUAAUUGCGUAUGUUAACAUGUUUUUACAAAAAAGGCCGCUAGUGUGUGUUAAACCUUUCUGUUUUGAAUGAUAAACCAGAGGAGAGUGGCCCCUCUGAGAAGUUACAGAACAAGAAUAAUGACGAUAUUCGGCUGUGAAAUGUAAGCCCACUGUGACGCUUUCAUCGUCAGAGCAGUUCUGUGUGUAUAUACUUUGACCUGUGUGUAUAUAUAUAUGAAUGGCUGUGAUCACUCCUGCAUCAUUGAUUGAUUUUUAUUUUAUUUUUUUCAUUGGCAGGCAUUUGCUAACUGCAUCGUGCUUCUGAAUGUGAAUUCAGGACUGACGAUAUGCACAGCUUCUGUAUUUAUGAAAUGACAAUAAAUAAAUGAAAUCAUAUUAAACAUC